GCCGGGGGCCGUUGCCGCGGGAGCGCGCGGCGAGCCGUUGGCGCCCGCUGGGCCGGCCGUGAGGUGCCGAUGCGGAGCCCCGCUCGCCCCUGCAGCGCCGGCCCGUAAGCGCCCGGGGCGCGCCGGAGCGGCGUGGCCGAGGGGCGCCGGUAUGGCCCGCGUGCCGGAGCGGGAGGAAGGACCCGGCGGGGCGCACAGUGAGUUCAGCGACAUCAUCAAGUCCCGAUCAGAUGAACAUAAUGAUGUACAGAAAAAGACCUUUACAAAAUGGAUAAAUGCUCGUUUUUCCAAGAGCGGGAAGCCCCCAGUUAAGGACAUGUUCACAGAUCUAAAAGAUGGAAGGAAGCUUUUGGAUCUUUUGGAGGGUUUGACAGGGAAACCUCUGCCUAAAGAACGAGGUUCCACAAGAGUACAUGCCUUAAAUAAUGUCAACAGAGUACUGCAAGUCUUGCAUCAGAACAAUGUGGAGUUGGUGAAUAUUGGAGGAACUGACAUCGUUGAUGGGAAUCACAAGCUGACCCUGGGAUUGCUAUGGAGCAUUAUCUUGCACUGGCAGGUAAAGGAUGUCAUGAAGAACAUCAUGUCAGAUUUGCAGCAGACCAAUAGUGAGAAAAUCCUGUUGAGCUGGGUUCGGCAGUCCACGAGACCUUACAGUCAAGUCAAUGUUCUGAACUUCACCACGAGCUGGGCGGAUGGACUUGCUUUUAACGCUGUCGUCCACAGACACAAACCUGAGCUCUUCAGCUGGGAUAAAGUUGUAACGAUGUCCCCAGUUGAGAGACUGGAACAUGCUUUCAGCAUAGCCAAAAACCACUUGGGAAUUGAAAAACUGUUGGAUCCUGAAGAUGUUGCUGUACAGCUUCCAGACAAAAAGUCUAUUAUCAUGUAUUUAACCUCUUUGUUUGAGGUCCUUCCUAAGCAAGUUACCAUGGAGGACAUCCGUGAGGUGGAGACUCUUCCAAGAAGAUACAAACAGGAAUGUGAGGAUGGAGAAUUCAAUAUACAACAAGCUGUAGGACUUGAAGAGGAGCAGGGUGGUUCUAGAGCAGAGACUCCUAGCACAGUGACAGAGGUGGAUAUGGACUUGGAUAGCUACCAAGUUGCUCUGGAAGAAGUCCUCACAUGGUUGCUGUCAGCUGAGGAUACAUUUCGGGAACAGGAGGAAAUAUCUGACGACGUUGAGGAAGUCAAAGAACAAUUUUCUACCCAUGAAGCUUUUAUGAUGGAGCUGACUGAGCACCAGAGCAGUGUAGGCAGUGUCCUGCAGGCUGGGAACCAACUGGUAGCACAGGGCAACCUGUCCUCUGAAGAGGAGUUUGAAAUCCAGGAGCAAAUGCAGCUGCUGAACAAUCGAUGGGAGGAACUCAGGGUGGAGAGCAUGGACAGGCAGUCCCGUCUGCAUGACAUGCUGAUGGAGCUACAGAAAAAGCAAUUGCAGCAGCUAUCUGACUGGCUGACAGUCACAGAAGAACGCAUUCGGAAGAUGGAGUCUCAGUUCUUUGCUGAAGAUUUAGAGUCCCUUCAAAAACAGCUGGAAGAACACAAAAGCCUGCAGAGUGACCUAGAGACAGAACAAGUGAAGGUAAACUCCCUGACUCACAUGGUUGUAAUUGUUGAUGAAAGCAGUGGGGAAAGCGCAACAGCUGUCCUGGAGGACCAGUUGCAGAGGCUUGGUGAGCGGUGGACAGCAGUUUGCCAUUGGACUGAGGAACGACGACUCAAAUUGCAAGAAAUUCAGCUUUUAUGGCAGGAACUGCUGGAAGAGCAGUGCUUAUUGAAAGCUUGGUUAACAGAGAAAGAAGAGGCUUUAAAUAAGGUCCAAACAAGCAACUUCAAAGAUCAAACAGACCUGAGCGUGAAUGUUCGAAAACUGGCAAUUUUGAAAGAGGACAUGGGCAUGAAGCGGCAAACAUUAGACCAACUGAAUGAGAUAGGUCAGGAUGUCGCCCAAAUCCUUGGGAAUAGCAGAGCAUCCAAGAAAAUUGAUCAUGAUCAAGAAGAACUAACUCAGAGGUGGGACAGUUUGGUUCAGAAGUUAGAGGAUUACUCCAACCAGGUAACUCAAGCAGUAGGAAGUAUAGGGAUGUCGCAGGUUUCACAGAAGACCUCUGUAGAAACAGCGUUACUGAAGGAACAGGCGCUGGUUAAACAAUCAAGACAGGAAUUGCCCCCACCGCCACCCCCCAAAAAAAGACAAAUCCCAGGGAACAGCGAAGCAAAGAAAAAGUUUGAUACUGAAAGUGCUGAGCUGUUGAACUGGAUUUCAAAAUCAAAAGCUGCUAUUCAGGCCACAGACAUCAAAGAGUACAAGAAGAUGAGAGAGACUUCAAACAUGAAAGAAAAGUUGAAGAUAAUAGAAAAAGAAAGGGUUGAAAAAAGCCCAAAGUUAGAUGAACUGAAACAAAGUGGACAGAUUCUUUUGAAUCAACUGGGAAAGGAGGGACUUUCUACAGAGGAUAUAAGAAGCACAAUGGAAAAAGUAUUGUCAGGAUGGAAAGAAAUGAUUCAACAUCUGGAGGAAGUGAGCAGAAAGAUAAAAUACCAGGAAGACAUAAAUGCUUACUUUAGGGAAAUGGGUGAACUUGAGAAGACUGUAAUUGAAAAGGAGGUCUGGCUUAAAAAUGACACUCCUUCAGCAUCUCAACCUUCAGCAGUUCUGAAAGACUUAUGUCAGCGGGAGUUAACUCAUCUCAUGAACUUGAGUCCUCGUUUGGAACACCUGAAAGCCUUCGGCAAGAUGCUCACUUCUCAGCCCAUGCCUCCAAAUUUUAUUCAGGAGAGCUUGAACAUUCUUCUUGAUCGCUUCAAGCUGACUAGUCAGAAGCUGGAGGAACGUCACCAGCAGCUGAAGAAAGAGACAGACUGCCUGCCCAGCCAGGAUUAUUUGGACUCUUUGAAGAGACUGAAGGAUAUGCUGAGUGAGUUGGAAUGCAAGCAACAGUCCAUCAUGAGUGGAGUGAAUGAUCCAAGUAAGGUGGAAAAAGCCUUACAGCAGACAAAGACUGUUUGUGAGACACUAGAAGCCCAGAAGCCCAGGAUAGAUAAACUUACUGAAGAAACAAAGACUUUGGAGAAAAAGGCCGAUUCUGAUGUAACAAAGGCGUACAAGCAAGAAUUCAGGCAUGUACAGGGACAAUGGGACAAGUUAAAGCUCAAGACAACCAAAGAAGUUCAAUUACUGGAAGACAUUACAUCCAAAUUCAGGAUAUUUGAGGCUGAUUCAAAAGUCAUUCAGAAGUGGAUGGAUGGUGUGAAGGACUUCUUAAUGACAGAAAAGGCUGUCCAAGGAGAUAGUGAAGGACUUCAAAGACAACUUGACCAGUGCACAAAAUUUGUUAAUGAAAUGGAGAAGAUUGAACUAUCAUUGAAAGAGAUGAAAGAAAUAGAGUCUGCUUUAAGAAGUCAGCCUAUUGCAGGCAUAAAUACUUGGGCAAAAUCUAGGCUAGUAGACUGUCAGUCGCAAUGGGAGAAACUGAGCAAACAGAUUGUUAGUCAGAAAAAACGUUUGUCUGAAAGUCAGGAAAAAGCUGUAAAUCUGAAGAAGGAUUUGGCGGAGAUGCAAGAAUGGAUGACCCAAGCUGAAGAAGAAUAUCUGGAGAAAGAUUUUGAAUACAAGUCCCCUGAAGAACUAGAGAAUGCGGUGGAGGAAAUGAAGAGAGCAAAGGAGGAUGUAUUACAGAAAGAGGUGCGGGUGAAGAUUCUCAAAGACAACAUCAAGAUGUUGGCCACCAAAAUGCCAUCUGGUGGUCAGGACUUGACAACUGAGCUAAAUGUGGUACUGGAGAACUACCAGCUACUGUGCAAUCGGAUCCGGGGGAAAUGCCACACUUUGGAGGAGGUAUGGUCUUGCUGGAUUGAGCUGCUUCAGUAUCUUGAUCUAGAAACAGCUUGGCUGAAUACUCUGGAAGAAAGGGUGCAAAUGACAGAAAAUCUGUCUGAUAAGUUGGAUGUUGUCAGUGAUGCUCUUGAGUCCCUGGAAUCAGUCCUACGUCAUCCAGCUGAUAAUCGAACCCAGAUUCGGGAACUUGGGCAGACACUGAUCGAUGGAGGGAUUCUUGAUGAUAUCAUCAGUGAAAAAUUGGAGGCUUUCAAUGCUCGCUAUGAGGAAUUGAGUCACUUGGCAGUGAGUCGGCAGAUUGCCUUGGAACAGCAGCUUCAGACCAUGAGAGAAACCGACCACAUGCUGCAGGUCUUGCAAGAAAAUUUAGUGGAGCUGGAUAGACAGCUGACGUCGUACCUGACUGAUAGGGUAGAUGCCUUUCAGAUGCCCCAGGAGGCCCAGAAAAUUCAAGCUGAGAUUGCAGCUCAUGAAUCAACAUUAGAGGAGCUCAAGAGGAAUGCUCGCUCUUUACCUCCUGCUUCCCCAGAAUGCAGGUCUCCCCGUGGUGGAACUCAGCUGGAUGCUUUGCAGAGAAAACUCCGGGAAGUGUCUACAAAGUAUCAGCUUUUCCAGAAACCAGCCAAUUUUGAGCAGCGCAUGUUGGAUUGCAAGAGGGUGUUGGAUGGUGUAAAAGCAGAACUUCACGUCUUGGAUGUGAAGGAUACUGACCCGGAUGUAAUCCAAGCUCAUUUGGACAGAUGUAUGAAGCUCUAUAAAACCCUCAGUGAGGUGAAAUUAGAGGUUGAAACUGUCAUCAAGACAGGAAGGCAAAUCGUACAGAAGCAACAGACAGAUAAUCCCAAAGGAAUGGAUGAACAACUAACAGCAUUGAAAUUUCUUUACAAUGACUUGGGGGCACAGGUAACUGAAGGGAAACAAGACCUUGAAAGAGCAUCCCAGCUGGCACGAAAAAUGAAGAAAGAGAUGGCCUCUUUGUCAGAGUGGCUUGCUACCACUGAGGCUGAGCUAGUACGGAAGUCCACUUCAGAGAGCUUGCUUUCUGACCUGGAUUCAGAAAUUGCCUGGGCUAAGAAUGUGCUGAGAGAGCUGGAGAGGAGGAAAGCUGACCUGAAGAGCAUCACAGAAAGCUGUACUGCGCUCCAGGCUUUAGUGGAAGGGAGCGAGACUUGCCUGGAGGAGAAGCUUUGUGUCCUUAAUGCUGGCUGGAGCAGAGUUCGGACCUGGACUGAAGACUGGUGUGACACUUUGUUGAAUCAUCAGAGCCAGCUGGAGAUCUUUGAUGAAAAUGUUGCCCACAUAAGUACUUGGCUGUAUCAGGCUGAAGCCUUGUUGGAUGAGAUUGAGAAAAAGCCAGCAAGCAAAAAGGAGGAAACUGUGAAGCGUUUAACAUCUGAAUUAGAUGAUGUUAGUCUGCGAGUCUAUAAUGUGCGUGAUCAGGCCAUUAUCCUAAUGAAUGGUCGAGGGGUGUCGUGUCGUGAACUUGUUGAACCCAAGUUGGCAGAACUAAACCGUAACUUUGAGAAGGUCUCUCAACACAUCAAAAGUGCCAAGAUGCUUGUUGGACAAGAACGACUUCCUGUCACGUCAGAGCCCCGUGAAGUCAGAGUAUCUUUUCCAGACCUGGACAAAUUUGAGAGUGACAUACAGAACAUGUUAAAGGUUGUGGAGAAACACCUGGAGUUGAGUGAGGAAGAUGAUAAGGUGGAUCAAGAAAGAGCUCAGAUUGAGGAGGUUUUACAGAGAGGAGGGCAACUGUUACAGCAGCCUAUGGAGGACAAUAAGAGAGAGAAGAUUCACAUACAGCUGUUGCUUUUGCAGACUAAGUACAACAGUGUACAGGAGCGUAGGUCGUUUCAAAGGAGGCAGGUGGUGGAACUCUCUCCGGUGUUUUCACAGUAUAAGAAGGAACAUGGUAGUCUAAUUAAGUGGCUGGAUGAGGCUGAACACAGUCUCUCAGGGCUGCAAGGAGUGGAAGAUGAACAAAAACUACAGGUAAUCCCUGUCCAACAGAGGUUAAAAGGCCACUUUGCCUCAGGAGUUAGGGCCUUGCCUUUUGCAACUGAAUACUUGGUUGAGAUCAACAAAGUCUUGUUAGCAAUGGCUGAUGUUGAACUGUUGUUGAAUGCACCAGAGCUAAACACUGGCAUCUACGAGGAUUUUUCAACUCAGGAAGACGCACUGAAGAAUAUAAAAGACAUUUUGGACAAACUUGGGGAUCAGAUUGCUGUCAUCCAUGAGAAACAGCCUGAUGUUAUAUUAGAAGCAUCUGGACCUGAGGCUAUACAAAUUGGAGAUGCACUAACCCAGUUGAAUGCAGAAUGGGACAGAAUUAAUAGGAUGUACAACGAUCGUAAGUGUUGUUUUGAUAGAGCAAUUGAGGCAUGGAGGCAAUUCCACUGUGAUCUCAGCGACCUCUCCCAGUGGAUAACAGAAGCUGAAGGGUUAUUAGCCGAUGCCCGUGGUCCAGAUGGUAGCCUGGAGCUGGAAACAGCUGGGUUGCAUCAGCAGGAGCUUGAGGAAGGAGUCAGCAGCCAUCAGACCAGUGUUUUGGCAUUGAACAGAACUGGGGAAGGAAUUAUACAGAAACUCUCGGCUACAGAUGGAAGCUUCCUGCAGGAGAAACUGGCGGGAUUGAAUAGGCGCUGGAAAGCAAUCACUGUGGAGGUCAUGGACAGACAGCAGAGGCUGAAAGGUGAGAAUCAGCAGCUGAUAGACUACAGAAAGAAACUUGCUGAGCUGUGUUGCUGGUUGGAAAAUGUAGAAAAUGCUCUGGAUACAAGAUUUACAUUCAACCACGAAGAAAAUUUGCAAGAAUUAAAGGUCUUAAGUGAAGAGAUGGAAGUACAGGGAGACAAAUUGGAAUGGCUGAACAGAACUGAACCUGAAGUGCUUUUGGAUAAAAAUGUUGGUCUUCAGGAAAAAGACAAACUUUCUGAUAGCCUGCAGUCUGUCAACGUGAGAUGGAAUAAGGUGUUCAAAGAAGUGCCUGACAGACUGAGAGAACUAGAGGUAUUUGUUCAGCAGCCUCAUCUUGUAACGCAGAGAAAGCAUUCUGAUGUCCAAAAGGUGGUGCUAGUAUCCUCUUCAUUUGAAAUUCCUGUUCAGACUCCGCAGGCUUUAGAGCUUUCUGCACCUGCUGAUCUGGAUAAAACUAUAACUGAGCUGGCUGACUGGUUGAUAUUGAUUGAUCAGAUGCUCAAGUCAAACAUAGUCACUGUGGGAAAUGCUGAAGACAUCAGCCGGACUAUUGCACGAAUGAAAAUAACAAAGGCUGAUUUGGACCAACGACACCCUCAGCUUGAUUCUGUUUUUACAUUGGCUCAGAAUUUGAAAAAUAAAACUUCCAGUUCAGACGUUAGGACAGUGAUCACAGAAAAAUUGGAGAAGGUCAAGAACCAGUGGGACAGUACCCAGCAUGGUGUGGAGGUCCGGCAGCAGCAGCUGAAGUACAUGCUGGCUGACAGCGUGCAGUGGGAGGAGCAGAGGCAAGAAAUGGAGCACCUCAUGGAGCAGUCAGAGAUCCGUCUUCGCAUGCUCCUGCAGGCCUCCAAAGAGAUGCUUGCUAAACAGAUUGCAGAUAACAAAGUGUUAGUUCAGGAUUUGCAUAGAGGUGACAUCACAGUAGCUGCGUUCAAUGAUCUUUCUAAUAAACUUCUUCGAGAGUAUCGAGAUGAUGACACAAGGAGGGUGAAGGAAACCACUGACCAAAUGAAUACUUGUUGGGUUAAUCUGAACCAAAGAGCUGUUGAUAGGCAGAAUUUCUUGGAUGCUGAGCUGAAGACAGUACAAGCUUUGCACAAGGAUCUGGAGAGCUUCCUCAAGUGGCUUCAAGAAGCAGAGACAACAGUAAAUGUUCUUGCAGACGCAUCCCAGCGUGAAACUGCUACUCAGGAUAGUGCUUGCAUAAGGGAGCUUAGAAAACAGAUUCAGGACAUCCAAGCUGAGAUUGAUGCCCACAAUGACAUCUUCAAAAGCAUUGAUGGAAACAGACAGAAGAUGGUGAAAGCCUUAGGAAACUCUGAGGAAGCUGCUCUGCUCCAGCACCGACUUGAUGACAUGAACCAACGCUGGAAUGACCUGAAGGUGAAGUCAGCAAACAUCAGGGCUCACUUGGAGGCAAGUGCAGAGAAAUGGAACAGAUUGCUGACAUCUCUGGAAGAGUUAAUCAAAUGGCUGAAUACAAAAGAUGAAGAGCUGAAAAAGCAAAUGCCCAUUGGAGGGGAUGUUCCAACCUUACAGCAACAAUAUGACCACUGCAAAGCACUGAGGCGUGAACUGAAGGAUAAGGAGCAAACUAUUCUUAAUGCUGUGGACCAGGCACGAGUUUUCCUUGCUGAUCAACCCAUUGAGGGGCCUGAGGAACCAAGAAGGAGCUUACAUUCAAAAACAGAGUUGACCCCUGAGGAAAAAGCUAUGAGGAUUGCCAAAGCUAUGCGUAAGCAGUCCUCAGAGGUAAAAGAGAAAUGGGAGAACCUAAAUGCCAGUGCCAACAUCUGGCAGAAGCAAGUGGACAAAGCAUUAGAAAAACUGAAAGACUUGCAGUGUGCCAUGGAUGACCUUGAUGCUGACUUGAAGGAGGCUGAAAACGUGAGGAAUGGCUGGAAACCUGUGGGAGACUUGCUCAUAGAUUCAUUACAGGAUCACAUUGAGAAAACUGCUGCUUUUAGAGAAGAAAUUGCUCCCAUCAACUUGAAAGUUAAAACAGUGAAUGAUUUGUCCAGUCAGCUGUCUCCACUUGACCUUUAUCCAUCAUUAAAGAUGUCUCGUCAAUUAGAUGAUCUUAACAUGCGGUGGAAACUUUUACAGGUGUCUGUGGAGGAUCGCCUUAAACAGCUACAGGAGGCACACAGAGAUUUUGGGCCUGCAUCGCAGCACUUUCUUUCCACAUCAGUACAGUUUCCAUGGCAGAGAUCUGUUUCACACAACAAAGUGCCCUAUUAUAUCAAUCACCAGACACAGACAACCUGUUGGGAUCAUCCUAAAAUGAUUGAGCUCUUCCAGUCCUUAGCUGACUUGAACAAUGUACGCUUCUCUGCCUACCGAACAGCCAUCAAAAUCCGAAGACUGCAGAAAGCACUGUGCUUGGAUCUGUUGGACCUGAACACAGCAAGUGAAAUUUUCAAACAACACAAGCUGAGUCAAAAUGACCAGCUCAUUGGUGUCCAGGAUGUGAUCAGCUGUCUCACUACCAUCUACAGUGGACUUGAAGAGAAACACAAAGAUCUAGUAAAUGUUCCUCUCUGUGUAGACAUAUGUCUUAACUGGCUGCUCAAUGUAUAUGAUAGUGGCCGGACUGGAAAAAUUCGAGUGCAGUCCCUCAAGAUUGGCUUGAUGUCUCUUUCUAAGGGCCUUCUAGAAGAGAAGUAUAGAUAUCUCUUCAAGGAAGUGGCAGGCCCCACAGAAAUGUGCGAUCAGCGGCAACUCGGCCUGCUGCUUCACGAUGCUAUCCAGAUCCCACGGCAGCUGGGAGAAGUGGCGGCGUUUGGCGGCAGUAAUAUUGAACCCAGUGUCCGGAGCUGCUUCCAACAGAAUCAUAAUAAGCCAGAAAUUACUGUAAAACAAUUUAUAGAUUGGAUGCGGUUAGAGCCACAGUCUAUGGUAUGGCUACCAGUUCUACACAGAGUGGCAGCUGCAGAAACAGCAAAACAUCAGGCCAAGUGCAACAUUUGCAAAGAAUGUCCAAUUGUUGGCUUCAGGUAUCGAAGCUUAAAACAUUUCAACUAUGACGUCUGCCAGAGCUGUUUCUUCUCUGGCCGUACAGCUAAGGGGCAUAAAUUGCAUUACCCAAUGGUGGAGUAUUGCAUACCUACAACAUCUGGGGAAGAUGUGCGGGACUUCACCAAGGUGCUGAAGAAUAAGUUCCGGUCAAAGAAGUAUUUUGCAAAACAUCCACGACUUGGCUACUUACCUGUGCAAACAGUUCUGGAGGGUGACAACCUGGAGACUCCUAUCACUCUCAUCAGUAUGUGGCCAGAGCAAUAUGAUCCUUCCCAGUCUCCACAACUAUUUCAUGAUGACACACACUCCAGGAUAGAGCAGUAUGCUACAAGGCUGGCACAGAUGGAAAGGACCAAUGGCUCCUUCCUCACAGACAGUAGCUCCACCACAGGAAGUGUAGAAGAUGAACAUGCCCUUAUCCAGCAGUAUUGUCAGACUCUGGGAGGAGAGUCGCCUGUGAGUCAGCCACAAAGUCCUGCUCAGAUACUCAAGUCAGUGGAAAAGGAAGAGCGGGGAGAGUUGGAGCGCAUCAUCGCUGACCUCGAGGAAGAGCAAAGGAAUCUGCAGAUAGAGUAUGAGCAGCUGAAGGAGCAGCAUCUUCGGAGAGCAAUCAAUCCUCUUGCAUCACCCCCAGACUCUAUUGUCUCGCCUCAGCAUGCUUCUGAAGAUGCUGAGCUCAUUGCUGAAGCUAAACUCCUAAGGCAACAUAAAGGUCGCCUAGAAGCACGGAUGCAAAUAUUAGAAGAUCACAAUAAACAACUGGAGUCUCAACUUCACCGGCUACGGCAGCUACUUGAGCAGCCUGAGUCAGACUCCAGAGUUAAUGGCGCCUCUCCCUGUGCUUCGCCCCAGCAUUCUGCACUUGGCUACCCACUUGAUCAAGAGACGAGCUCACAGUUUCAUCAGACAGUUGCAGAUGACUUGCUAGUCCCACCUCAUGAUACCAGCACAGAUCUAACAGAUGUUAUGGAGCAAAUCAACAGCACAUUUCCAGCUUGCUGCUCAAGUUUCCCUGGCAGAUCACAGGCAAUGUGAAGUGUUCAUUUGGACUGCAACCCGUGCUUCCUAACGUGCAGUACAGCCCUUUUCUACAAAAUGCCGAUCACAAGUUCCACUUCAUCAGAAGGCUGCAUGGGACCUUGGAACGUGCUAUUCAGCUCUGACUGAGUGUUCUACUUGAAAUAGUAAAACACUGAAUUCCCAAAGAUGAGGAUGUUGUUUUUAUAGUAUUGUUUUCUUUUUUCUUCUUCUUCCUUCUUCCCUUUCUAUGCAACUGUAAAUUAAUGAGCAGUGGAGUAUUUGUCACUGAUUUGUAUAAAUAUACAGCCAUGGGAAAAGGGGCAGGGGCUUUAUAUACAUUCUUUUGAUAAUCGUAAAGAGAACUGCAUAAGGAGUUUGGAGCAAAACAUUACAUUUAUACAUUCCUUUCCGCUCUUUGCUUUUACAUUGUAAAAUACCCUCAGUUAUAUUCUGGCACAUUUAAUAUUCUAUACUGAUUAUUUAUAUGUUAAACAUCUGACUACACAGAUUUCUAAAGACCCUUGAAUUGUUUUCAGGAUAGACAAAUGAAGUUUCUGUAACAUACAGUAUUAUUACUGUUUGACAAAAGUUGCCACUGGGUGCAAGCUACAGUAUUUUAACUCCAUUAAAAAAGGUAAACCUGCAAUUCAGGUCAUAAUAAUCAUCAUGCACCAAAAUGGUAUUUUAGCUUUCUUUUAGUUAUUUUCACCCAACACACUCCAUUUGGAGUAUUGUUUUUAAAGCCUUACUUUACUUUGAAUCAAGAGAUAGCUGAAAAGAGGACUUAGAUGGUAGUUUAAGUUGUUUUUAGUAAGGUCUAAGUUAGUGUAAUCUUCCCUAACUUUAUUGAGACUCAAAGUUUUGCUGUUCUCUGCUGUGCCAAGCUUGUUGAAAGUUUUGGAGUUUGCAGACUGAAGUAAAGUUCAUUUCCAUGAGAUCCCCUUCUAAUGAUCCAAACACACACAAGCCUUUUGUCUGCCUCUUGGAAAUGAAGAGACGAUUAGAAAGCCCUUUCCAAUACUAUUAGUGAUGGAACAUUUUCUUCAAAACACUGCAGUGCGCUUUGAUAUUACCAUCUGGCCUUGUGAUCUUGCAGCUCAUCUUUAUCUUUGAUGACUUUGUUUACUUAAAUGCUUUGAGUAAGGAUAAUUAUGGAAAAGUUGUGUCACUGAUCAUCUGGUCUCUAGUUUUAAAAUUAUAAUUGAUUAUAAUGCCUUCACUGAGUUUACAAUGUUGCAUGGACACUUGCUUUAAUUUCAGGACAUACUUUUAGUUGUUAAAACUGCAUGCAAUAUAUUUCACAUAUAGAAACUAAACUGCGUUCUUAAUUAUUACCAGAAAAGUCUCAAAGUGAUGUUGGAAGAGUUUGUAAGUUCUGUAAUGCUACAGAAAGUUGCUAGAGGAUAUACAUAAAUACAGAAGGUCAGGAAUUUCUAAUACUGCGAAGGGUUGUCAGAUAGGUUAUCCAGCAUCCACAGUUCUCACUACUGGACAGCUGCUGCUCUAUGAAUAGUUCGAGCACACCACUGACCAAGUCCCAGCGUUGAUUCCAGCACCAGUUCCUUCUGCACCACUGGGAACAUUAUUUAACCACUCUGCCUCAGCUUUCCCAUCUGUAACAUGGGGACGAUAGUACUAAACUCUCAGAAGUGUUGUAGGGCUUAAUUAGUACCUGAAAAGCUCUAUAUAACAGCUAAGUUUUAUUUCCAGGCGGGUGGAGCAAGAUUGGCAAAGUGGGGAGGGAAGAGACUGGCUGCUAUAAAGCCUUCAUAUAAAGCUAGUGUACUUAUUUUGUGAAAGAAAAAAAAAUUACAGAAGAGGAAAGCCAUGACCACCUUUCUACCUCAGACCUAUCUUCAUGAGUAGUAUUGGAAAUAGCUUUAUACUCUGUUCUCUGCAAAGUACUUUGCUUUUAUCAAGCUACAUCAUUCUCCAAGCAAAGAAUCCUUAAAAAUAAACCCCUACAUAAAUAAAGGUCUCAGUAGUCAGUUUGGUGGCUUUUAUUUUUAUUCUGAAUAUGAGGUUAUGUAUAAAGUUGUGUUUCUGCCUGUGUUUGUAUGCAUCCUUUGUCCUCUGCUGCCAAGUAAAUGCUACUUCAAACACUACAUUGUAACAUUCUUCCUCUGAGACAAUAAUAAAUAAAAGGAAUAUAUUGCAGUAA